AUGUCUUCUUCGCUUACAUCCUCCAACAACAACAUGACAACAACAACACAACCGGACUGGGUGGGUUCCGUGAAUUUGAAUACGAUGAAUUGGGACCACCAACUCUACUAUUGGAUUCGAUCCAAUUUCUCAGAAUAUGAAAUUACAACCCUCGUGUCCAUCGUUUAUAUUUUCGUGCUGUACUUUGUCUUGUCCUUGCCAUGGUAUCUCAUCAAGAAAUUCAAACCUUCAUUCCUGUACAAGUAUAAAUUACAACCUGAUAAAGAGGAAGAACGACAAACCGAUUGGGGUUGUAUCUUUCAAUUGAUUGUGAACCAUUUGCUCAUUUAUCCCAUGCUGAUGGUUGGCCAUCCAGUUCUUAAAGGGAUUGGUGUAAGCUAUGAUUUGGCUCUUCCAUCAUGGACUGAUAUGAUUGGUCGCUCAUUGAUUUUCCUUGUGAUUGAAGAUACUUGGUUCUACUGGAUUCAUCGUUUCUUGCACACUGAUUUUGGUUACAAGUAUAUUCAUCGUGUGCAUCAUGAAUAUCAAACACCUAUCGGAUAUUGUUCAUCCUAUGCAAGCGUUGUUGAAUUUGUUCUUUUGGGUGUUGGUUCUUUCAUUGGACCUCUCUUGAUUGGUGUUCCUCAUAUUUUCGGAUGGUGGGUAUGGAUGACAGUUCGUCAAAUUGAAGCCAUUGAUUGUCAUACCGGAUUCCAUUUCCCAUGGUGUGUCAGUAAUAUCAUUCCAUUCUACUGUGGAGCUAUUCAUCAUGAUCAUCAUCACAAGACAUACUCGGGAAAUUAUGCCAGCACUUUUACUUGGUGGGAUUGGAUGUGUGGAACCGAUAAGAGUUAUCGUGAAUGGCUUGCCAAGCAAGAAAAGAAGCAAAAGAUUAAGGAAAACUAG